GCGGGCGAGGGCGACGGCAAAUGACCAGAGCGAGUCUCGCGUGGCCGCUGCCCAGCGCCUGGCCGCCGAGAAGGAGCCUGCGGGCUCGCUCGCUGUCCUCGAGCAGACCGCCAUUCGCCCGCCGACGGGGGCGCUCUACCAGAAAUCAGCGACGGCCUUCCUGAAGCACUGCGCCCAGAAGGGCCUCGACUGGAGAUCGGCGGAGGAGAUGGGCUCGAUCCUGGCCCCGUACCUGAGCGACAGUUUUCACCGGGGCGCGUCGUCCUUCCACGGGGCGCAGCUCCUGGCCAGCCUGUCUCAUGUCUACUCGUGCCUCCGCGGCGCGUGGAAGGUGCAGUGGCCGCAAGCCUCGCGGGCCUCGGUCGCGCGGAAACGGAAGGCGCCCGCUGGGGCCCGCCUGCAGAUGCCGAAGGCGGUGGCGAGGGCCGCGUGCUUGCUCCUGGACUCCUGGUAG